UGCCCACCUGGGCCGGCCAGCCUCCUCCCCAGGCCCCGGCCACCUGCACCGCCAGCGCCGGCCGAGGAUGGCGGCCCCGGACCAGAAGUCGCCGAACGUUCUGCUGCAGAACCUGUGCUGCCGGAUCCUGGGCAAGAGCGAAGCUGAUGCAGCCCAGCAAUUCCAGUAUGCUGUGCGAGUUAUUGGCAGCAACUUCGCCCCCACUGUUGAAAGAGAUGAAUUUCUAGUAGCUGAAAAAAUCAAGAAAGAACUUAUUCGACAGAGAAGAGAAGCAGAUGUUGCGCUGUUUUCAGAACUGCACAGAAAACUUCAUUCACAGGGAGUUUUGAAAAAUAAAUGGUCAAUACUCUACCUCCUACUAAGCCUUAGUGAAGACCCACGUAAGCAGCCAAACAAGAUUUCUACCUAUGCCGCAUUAUUUGCUCAGGCAUUACCAAGAGAUGCUCAUUCAACUCCAUACUACUAUGCUAGACCUCAGACUCUGCCCUUGAAUUACCAGGACCGAAGCACCCAGUCAGCCCAGAGUUCUGGCAGCAUGGGAAGCAGUGGAAUCAGCAGCAUAAGCAUGUAUGCCCUCAAUGGCCCAACACCGACCCCACAGUCUCUCCUUCCUGGACAGCCCCAUCAAGUUCCCGGAGUAGGAGAUUACCGUCGACAGCAGUUGGGGUCUCGUCUUGCGUGGACUUUAACUUCCAACCAGCUUUCUUCACAAACCUCGACCGCAAAAGGAGUUCCUGACACCAUCUCUCGGAACCUGACGAGGUCCAGGAGAGACGGGGAUGCAAGUGGCAAUAUGGAAAUUACUGAGGCAGCACUUGUAAGAGACAUUUUAUACGUCUUCCAGGGCAUAGAUGGAAAAAUCAUCAAAAUGAGCAGUACUGAAAAUUGUUAUAAAGCAGAAGGAAAGGCAAACUUAAACAAAUCUUUGCGAGAUACGACCAUCAGACUUUCAGAGUUGGGAUGGUUACAUAACAAAAUCAGAAAAUACAUUGACCAGAGGAGCUUAGACCGCUCAUUUGGACUUGUGGGUCAGAGCUUUUGUGUGGCAUUGCACCAGGAACUCAAAGAAUACUACCGAUUACUCUCAGUUUUACAUUCUCAGCUACAGUUAGAGGAUGAUCAGGGUGUCAAUGUGGGCCUUGAGAGCAGCUUAACCCUUCGACGCCUCUUGGUUUGGACAUAUGACCCUAAAAUAAGACUGAAGACCCUUGCUGCUCUGGUGGAUCACUGUCAAGGAAGGAAAGGUGGUGAACUGGCAUCUGCUGUCCACGCUUAUACAAAAACCGGGGAUCCGUAUAUGAGAUCUCUGGUUCAGAACAUCCUCAGCUUGGUCUCUCACCCUAUCCUGACGUUUCUUUACCGUUGGAUAUAUGAUGGAGAGCUGGAAGACACAUACCAUGAAUUUUUUGUAGCAUCGGAUCCAACAGUUAAGACAGACAGACUAUGGCACGACAAGUAUACUUUAAGGAAAUCAAUGAUUCCCUCAUUUAUUACGAUGGAUCAAUCUAGAAAGGUCCUUUUGAUAGGAAAAUCAAUCAAUUUCUUGCAUCAGGUUUGUCAUGAUCAAACACCAACUACAAAGAUGAUAGCUGUGACCAAGUCUGCAGACUCACCCAAGGAUGCUGCGGAUUUAUUCACAGAUUUAGAAAAUGCAUUUCAGGGAAAAAUUGAUGCAGCUUAUUUUGAGACCAGCAAAUAUCUAUUGGAUGUUCUCAAUAAAAAAUAUAGCUUGCUGGACCACAUGCAGGCAAUGAGGCGGUACUUACUUCUGGGUCAAGGAGAUUUCAUAAGACACUUGAUGGAUUUACUAAAACCAGAGCUUGUCCGUCCAGCUACUACUUUGUAUCAACAUAACUUGACUGGAAUUCUGGAAACUGCAGUCCGAGCAACCAACGCACAAUUUGACAGUCCUGAAAUUCUCAAAAGACUGGAUGUUAGGCUCCUGGAGGUCUCUCCAGGUGACACGGGGUGGGACGUGUUCAGCCUUGACUAUCACGUCGAUGGACCAAUUGCAACUGUAUUUACUCGAGAAUGUAUGAGCCAUUACCUAAGAGUAUUUAAUUUCCUCUGGAGGGCAAAACGAAUGGAAUAUAUCCUUACUGACAUACGAAAAGGACAUAUGUGCAAUGCAAAGCUCCUGAGAAAUAUGCCAGAGUUCUCUGGGGUGCUGCACCAGUGCCAUAUUUUGGCAUCUGAAAUGGUCCAUUUCAUUCACCAGAUGCAGUACUAUAUUACAUUUGAGGUGCUUGAAUGUUCGUGGGAUGAGCUGUGGAACAAGGUGCAGCGGGCUCGGGAUUUGGAUCACAUUAUUGCAGCGCACGAGGUUUUCUUAGACACCAUCAUUUCUCGAUGUCUGCUGGACAGUGACUCCAGAGCACUUUUAAAUCAACUUCGAGCUGUCUUUGAUCAAAUUAUUGAACUUCAGAAUGCUCAAGAUGCAAUAUAUAGAGCUGCUUUGGAAGAAUUACAGAAACGAUUACAGUUUGGAGAGAGAAAGAAACAGCGUGAAAUCGAGGGCCAGUGGGGAGUGACAGCAGCCGAAGAAGAGGAAGAGGGGAAGAGGAUUCAAGCAUUUCAAGAAUCUAUUCCAAAAAUGUGCUCACAGUUACGAAUAUUGACACAUUUCUACCAGGGCAUUGUGCAGCAGUUUUUGGUGUUACUGACAACCAGCUCUGAUGAAAGUCUUCGGUUUCUUAGCUUUAGAUUGGACUUUAAUGAACACUAUAAGGCCCGAGAGCCAAGACUGCGAGUGUCUCUGGGCACUAGAGGGCGACGCAGUUCCCAUGUGUGAAGCAUUCUGUAUGAUCACAGGAGAUAAAAGUGAUGGUAAUUCCAUUAUUAGACAUAAAAGUUCUCAAUUAAACUUUAAAGCCAAGUGGCAUGCUGCAGUGUCUACCAUUUCUGCCCUAAAAUACUCCAUGUGUUUUGAUGGCACUGUUCUGGUAGUAUUUAAGGUCACGUUUUUAUACAUUCAAGUUGAAUAGAUUUAUAAAAUCAUCAAGUUAAAUGAUUGAUUUGCACUAUUCAAGUUUUAUUUUUAAAAAUCUUCAUAUUUAAAAGAUAGCAUACUUUGUUGAGCUUCUAAGUUCUCCAUGAUAUAAUUUAUAUUUGCCACUUUCUAAGAAAAAGAAUAAAAAACUUUCUUUUAUGAGAAAAUUAGGGUGGUGGGAGAUCCAUCAAUUAAGAUGUUAAUGUCAUUACUAUUUUUUUAAACAUCCUCUCUAGCAAUCUUUUUGUUUAAUAUUAUUAAGUUGGAAUGACAUGUCCCCAGUAGCAAGAAAAUAUAUAGGCUAUUUUAUUUUGGGUUUUGUUGUUGUAAAGUACUAACCUUGGUCAAAGUUCUUAUAUCUUAAUGCAUUAUCUUUUCAUAUGCUUAUUAUUUUUCUCUCUUUUAAAGUUUACAUUUUUAUAUUUAAUUUAGUGUUUUAGAUAACUUCUAAAAUAGGAUGUAGAGCUUCUAAAACAGGAUGUGAUGUAGAAUGAAAACAUCCUCAAGAGUGCAUCUUACAUUUCUUGAAACUGUUAGCUGAAGCAAUGUGUAAAUAUGAGUGAAUAGAAAAGUUAAUGAAGUAUUUUAUUUUCAAAAUCCUGAGAAGCAUUGGAAAGAAAUUGACUUGGAUAAUGAAGAUUUCCUUUUUCCUUGCCUAUUUUUUCAUUGUAAAUAUUUGUAUACUACUGACCAGAUGUUGGGGGAAAGUGUUUUUUUGUAAAAAUGUCAUAUCAGGUCAUAUAAAUUUGCCUUUAUUGUUCCAUAAGUGAAAACUUAGGAAAUUAAAAGCAAUUAUCUUUGAA